GGCUGGCAGUGCAAUUCAGUUGCCAAACAAAACGCGAUCGGCGAACAUCUUCGUACCGCUCCGCCCUUCCUAGCUAAACCGUUACGCCUGCGAUCGGGGAGUACUAUAUUUUUACUAUUUGGAAAACCAUGGCCAGGUUGAAUGCUCUUCUGCUGUCUCUUCUUUUAUUUAUUCUUGCAUUUGUGGCCCACACAUCGUUUGCCACUGUUCAGCCAAAGGCACCAAACUUCCAGUACUUUGAAAGGCCCAAAUACCGUUAUCCCUAUUAUGAUGAGCAUGGACGCGGAAAACUUCUCUAUGGCUAUGGCGGACCAGAAUUGUAUCAGUACAAGACCUACACGCCACUGGAGGGCAUACACUAAGCUUUUUUAAUAUUUAGUUGCAUUGUAGCUUAUAAUUUAUUUACUCCGCUUUAUUUAAAUUAAACGUUUUUUUAUACACCCAUAACGUGCUA